AUGUAUAAUGUUUUCCUUGUCUUCCUGAAAUAGGUAGAAACAGAUGACCAAAUAGCCCUCCUUAGUAAGCCCAGGAAUAAAGGAGGAAACAGUGAUCUGGCAUCAGCUGGAUUUAACAUUAUUAAUUCAAUCAUAGGAUCAGGCAUUAUAGGAUUGCCAUAUUCAAUGAAGGAAGCUGGUUUUCCUCUCGGAAUACUGCUUUUGUUUGUGGUUGCCUUAAUUACAGAUUAUUCCAUUAUAUUACUGAUCAAAGGAGGAAAUCUGUCCAGUACCAAAACCUAUCAAGAGCUGGUCAAAAAAACGUAUGGUCUUGUAGGUUAUCUAAUCCUUUCAAUUCUCCAGUUUUUAUAUCCAUUUAUUGCUAUGAUCAGUUACAACAUAAUAACAGGAGACACUUUAACUAAAGUUUUUCAGAGAAUUCCUGGAGUUGGGGUGGAUAACGUGCUUACCGACCGUCACUUCAUAAUUCUUCUUACCACCAUCAUCUUUACCUUACCUAUAUCUUUAUAUCGAGACAUAGCAAAAUUGGGAAAGGUGUCUCUUCUUUCUCUGAUUCUAACCAUUGUCAUCCUGGUGGUUGUGAUGGUGAGAACAGUAACCUUCAGUCCACAAGUACCCAAAUCAGAAAAUGCAUGGAUAUUUGCAAAACCAAAUGCAGUACAAGCCAUUGGGGUGAUGUCAUUUGCAUUCAUCUGCCAUCAUAACAGCUUUUUAAUAUAUGGGUCUCUGGAAGAACCCACAUUAAAGAAUUGGUCUCAAGUCACACAUAUGUCUGUGGCCCUUGCUCUUAUCAUCAGUGUAGUGUUUGCUGCCAGUGGAUAUAUGACUUUUACAGGAUACACAGAAGGAGAUAUAUUUGAAAACUACUGUAGAGAUGACAACCUUGCUACAUUUGGAAGGUUUUGUUAUGGAGUUACUGUAAUUCUAACCUUCCCCCUUGAAUGUUUUGUGACCAGAGAGGUGAUUGCCAAUGUGUUUUUCCAUGGGAACCUCUCAACAGUUUUCCAUGUUGUUGUGACAGUAGUUAUCAUUGCUGUGGCGACUGGUGUAUCAUUAGUGUAUGAUUGCCUUGGAAUAGUUUUAGAGCUGAAUGGAGUUUUGAGUGCUACCCCACUUGUUUUUAUCAUCCCAUCAGCGUGUUAUCUAAGGCUGUCCAAGGAGCGGUGGAACCAUUCAGAUAACCUCAUAUCCUGCCUGAUUCUUGUUCUUGGUGUGCUAGUGAUGGCAGUUGGGUUUGUCAUGACUGUCUUGCAUCCCCAGGAAUGUAGCCAUGGAAAAGAAAUGUUCUACUGCUCCCCUAGUAAUGUUUCUUUACACAACAGCACACUUCCACCAUAG